AUGAAUCGAGACGACGACAACGCCGAAAUGGACCUAUCUGUGCCAAGAAGACAAAGCGGACAAAGAGAUUCAAUGAUUCUCAGCCGCCAACGAAGCUCACGACGAUUAUCCGCAUUUGAGGAUGAAGCCACCAUCACCAAAGCCUCAAACGAAACAAACAAAGAAUUUACAGUUCAAAAUCAAUAUUCAAGACACGACCUCCCAGAACUAAAGUCGACGACUUGUGAAACACCAUCUUCAUCACCUUGCAAGCAUGAUACCUGGUACUUCUCUUCGAAUCACGUCCUCGUCAACCAAGAACGUGUUGAAAGAGGUAUUUCACCAUUGCAUCGCAGUAGGGAUCUCGAUCAAAAGGCACGAGACCUUGCCAAAAACUCUGCAGACAAGACCAAGCUAAAGAAAAUCCCUAGGGGCCUCAAGGGAAAUGUUUUCCGAGGUGAAACCAUUCGUGAGAUUCACUACGAUAUGAUGGUGAACGAGGGUCGUGAACAAAAGAAGAUCCUCAGCAACAAAUACAACUCAUUCGGAAUGGGAACUCACAAGGGAGAAGAUGGUCUCUUGUACCUUGUACAACUCUUUGAAAAGACUCGAAUCGACCAAUAG